AUGACUUGGCUUGCAGAAGGCCGGAGGCGUUUGGCCUCCCGCCUACGGCGGGUGCAGAAGGAAGACUGGGUCCUCCUGUGCAUCUCUUUGGGAUGGGGUGCUGUUUUGGGGGGUGCUGUUUUGUUCAAAGCGUGGCGCUCAGCUACGCGCGAAUCGCGGCAUCCUUACUUGCAAGAGGCGAAGUCGAUGCUGCAGUCCGAUGCUUCAGUGGUUGAUUAUCUGGGGUUGCCUUUGGAUGUGACAUCGGUCGAAGAACACAAUGAGACGUUUGCUCCUUGGAAAAGGCUCGUGCUGCAGUUACAUGGCCCCAAAGGUUGCACUCAUGAGGAAGAUGAGGCGGCGUUGUGGCACAGGCCGUACGUCUUAAAGCAGUGGCUGCUGCAGUUACUCUCUGCCAUUCGAUUCGUCAACCACUUCAUUACACACCACCGCCACCUGCAGCAGCUAACUGCUCGCCAGCUCCACGACGCAGCAAAGGAGAGACGGCCCCUUUCAGGAAACGCCUUAGGCGGGGAUAAACGAAUCACCGCGCCGCAGGUGCGCCUGCGGCACUUCACGGGGCAACUCUCUCGUGAGGCUAUAGACGGAGUGGCGCAUCUCGAAAUCCACACUCAAGAAAACGGAAGGGGUGACCCUGACUUCGCCGGAAUGUUACAGAGCACUUUGUCUUUGAUUCUAGAGCCUCGAGACGCUGCAGAUCCGCCAUUCCCUGUGGUGCAGGCGUUCGCCUUGGACCCCAAAGCACUCGCCGUACCUCCGGAGGCGUAG